CUAAUAUUAUUAUUAAUCAAUAAUCUUUUUUUUGUCAACUUAUUAAUCAAUAAUCUAAUCAAAUCAAUUAAAAUUUCGUUUUUAUUUUUUAAUUUAUUUAUCCAUUUUAUUCAUUAAGGGUAUAAAUGAUAUUAACCACUCUAACUUUUAACGUGAGACCUCGAUUCCAAAAAUUUACUUCGCAAAUAAUAGUAUAGAUGUGCACAACACUUGCCGGUGGGCCAGGUAAAUAACUUUCUCGCAGCCCAGCCCAUUAAUCCUAAUCGCCGUUUUGGUAAAACUAAAGCUAAGGCUUUCUCAUCCUCUCAGUAACCCUAAUUGCCGUCUCCCCCAUUUCUUUUUCCGCAUGGCGAUUUUCUUUGUCUCCCCCAAAACUUCCCGCAAAACGCCUCCGAUGAAAGGGCUGGAACUUUAAUGUUCUCCCUUAAAGCCUCCAUUCAAGAUCCUUACCGACCUUCUACAUCUCCCCUCCGCCUUAUAUCUAGAUCCAUAUUUAUACCCUUAUCUCUCUUACCUCAGAUCAUAUUCUUAUCUCUCUUACCUCAGAUCGUUAGCUCUAUACCCUAAUCAUGGCGAAAGAAAGUGGCCGCUCUACAAGACUAUUCACAAUAUACCUCGCAGACGUCUAUGUCUGAUCUUAUUUUAAUUCUUUUUCGUUAUCUACCAGAUUCUAUUCCCUUUGGACAAUUAUUUAUUUCUACUGUCAAACUAUUUUGUUCCUACGUCUUCACAUCAAAAAAAAAAACAAAACUUAACUCACACUUUCAGAAACUUUAACUUCAAAUUUAAAUAAAACAUUACAUUAAUUAUACAUGGAAUCCGCGCGAAGCGCGGACACCGGCUCUAGUAAGUCAUAAAUAAUAGUUGUAACAAAUAAGUUUUGCUCAAACUAGUGUUGAACAUGUGUUUAUAGCGUUUGCAAGUCCGUAGGUUUGUGCAUGCAAUAAAAGAACCCCGUUUCGCGGGCCGACCCGCUGAGGCCAUACAUUUUGAUGGUCAAACAUAAGAGUUGGUGGUCAUUAACCGCCAGCCUAACCUUAUUGGCAAAGUAAGGUUGUGUUAAACCUCCUGAAUAUACACACAUGACCUACCUAUAUCGUACGUUUGAUGCGAGUAUUGAACUUUUUUAAAUGGAAAGGGCAUUGGCGCAGUUCACGCCAACUCAUUGAGACAGAGACGAGUGGCAUCCACUGCAAGGCCCUUGGCGUGUUAUGAAGGUUUGAAGAAGUCUCAGAACUUGUCACUGGCUGUCCAUUCAAGAAGUGUGAUGAAAGCUAAAUUCCUCUCUCCUGAUACUCAGUACUCAGCUUACGUAGUCUACACUAUAAGACAAACGAUCGAUUCAUGAUGUCCAGAAAAGCUUUGGAGUUGGAGCCUUGGAGGGAUUGUACAUGAAACUCGUGAAAGAAAGAAGUCGAAAAGGCAGGAACUAACGAAACUAGAGAAGAGGGAAGACGGGUGGGUGGAGGUAAAGUUUGGAGAAUUCUUGAACGAUGGAGGGUUCAUGGAUGCUCGCGAUGGGUGGAGGUAAGGUUUCAUAUUACUGACAUCAAGUAUACAUCAUUCAAGGCACUGAAUUCUGGCCUGUAUAAAAUCUCGGAUCCGGUUUUGGCUGGUGAGUUCGGUGUUAACUAUUUAACAAAACAUAAUGUAACAGUGUGUUUUUUUAUUAUGUUUAGUCGUUCUCACACGAACCAAUUCAAUAAGAGACUGUUUAAAAAAAAAAAAAAUUAUUUUUCAAGAGAGUGAUUUCGAGUUAACUUAUAAAAGAGAUAAAUGAGUUGAUCCAUCAACUUUUGUAGAAAGGGAUUAGAUUGAAACAUUUCAAAAAAUCUCCACUUUCUACGGCCUUCCAUUUAAAAAGAAAAUAUAUAUACUAACUAUAGAAAAUUUGCUAAAAGGUUUGUUAAUUAAAAUAAUAAUAGAAUAAAUCCUAUUAUUACAGUAUAAUUUAGAUAUAUAUAUAUAUAUAAAUAUAUGAUCGAUAUAUUGUAAAGUAUUUUUAAAAUAAAAAUAGCUUCGUUAUAAAAUUUAUGAAGUAUUAACUAAUCCAUAAAUAUUUCUUUGAAUAAAAUACUCGGCCAAUUUUUUUUUUUACGUCGAUACUCAAAGCCAAUUACUGUGUUGCCAACUGCUUAUCUUUUACAUACAUCACAUAACCUUCAAUAAAUCAGCAAACCAAACGAUAACGCGUAACCUGAAGGAGAGAACGACGCACACGGCAAGAAGGGUAAUUUCGUAAAAUACACGACUACCACGGGUCUUCUUUUUUUCAUUACAAAUCAUUCUUCUUUCACCGUUUGAUCACAGAAGCGACUUUAGAACAAAUUUUAAGAUUCCAGGUGAUGGAGGCAACGAUGGGGCAAAGUCAUGGCAGAGAAAGCAUCAUCUCCGGGCCGUCACCGUUCGAUACAUUGCCGGUGGAUUGCAUCUCCAGCAUUAUCUCCUUCACGAGUCCACGAGACGCGUGCAACGCCGCUUCUGUUUCGAAAACGUUAGAAUCCGCGGCUAAGUCCGAUAGCCUAUGGGAGAAGUUUCUUCCAUCGGAAUAUACAUCUCUGAUUCCACAAUACUCGCGAGUUUUCUCGUCCAAGAAGGAGCUCUAUUUCGCUCUCUGCGAUGAGCCUCUUCUCAUCGAAGAUGGCAAAAAGAGCUUCUGGUUAGACAAAGCGAGUGGGAAAAGAUGUAUUAUGAUAUCUCCAAAGGAAGUGUCAAUCACAUGGGGAAGUAGUCCCGAACAUUGGCAAUGGAUAUCAGUUCCUGAAUCUAGGUUUGAAAAAAUAGCUGAGCUAGUCGAUGUAUGUUGGUUUGAGAUUCGUGGAGGGAUGCACACUCGUUACCUAUCUCCCGGAACUCGUUACUCCGUUUACAUCGUGUUCAAGACAAAGAACGGAUGUCCUGGAUUGGGAGAUUUGCCGGUAGAUGCUGGAGUUGGGUUAGUUGGACAAGAGUCUCCUCAAAAGUUGAUAUACUUUGUUGGGCCUCGUGGUCGUGAUCAAAGGAGAGAUGUAACGAGGCCAGAGGCGAGGGACGAUGGGUGGAUGGAAGCUGAACUUGGUCAGUUCUACAAUGAUUCUUGUUGUGAUGAUAUCUCGCUAAGUGUUGGUAAGACCAACACUCCUGAUUGGAAAAGUGGUUUGAUCAUUCAAGGAUUUGAAUUUCGCCCUGCGAAAACCCGGUAAAUUGUUAUAUCAUGUUUCUUGUGAUGGAAAACGGUUUCUAGUUCAACGAUUUUCCGUUGUAUUUCAUGUCUAACAAGUGAAAACCUUUGGUGUAUUGUAAAGUUUUUUGAAUCUUCAGUUUUCUGAAUCUUCAGCUUUUUGGAUUGUAAUGUUUGAAUGGUUUGAUCUUACCAUUCUCACAUGAACAAACUUCAAUAAAGAAAUCGUGUUUUCUUCUAAUCAUCUAAAUGUUUUUGUAUAGCAGCUUAAUGGUUGUUUCAUGUUUUAGUAAAAUCUUCUCUAAUAAUACUUUUAAAUUUUUGUAUCUUUAUGAUAUUAUUUGAAGAGUAAGUUUCUUACGUGUUUUACUCACGUUAAUCUUACGAUGGUCAAUUACGUUGAAAUCUUUAAUAAUUUAAAAUUAUUAUAUCAUUACCAUUAUAAAUAUUUCUAGGGAAAUUCUCUCAAAUAACAUUUUUUAAGUUUUUGUCACAAAAAUAGUCUUUAAAAAAUGAUCAAAAUAGUCUCUUUUUAUUUUGAAAUUUUAAUAUUUUUUUUUUAUUUUAAAUUUGAAACCUUAUCUCCAAAACUCCACCCUUGACUCUAAACCCUAAAUCUAGAUUAGUUAACUUUAAGGUAACAAUACAUUUUUACCCUUUAAUAAAACUUAUUUUGGUCAUUUUCUUCAUUGAGUGUUAUUUUUGUGACAAAAACUUAAGAAUGGUUAUCCUAUGGAAGACUUAUAAGGAUGACGGAAUUGAGGCCAAUUAUUCUAUGCAAAGUAGGAUAUAAAAUUAUUUCGAAGGUUUUGUGUCAGCGAUUGAAAAUCUAUCUUUCAUUGCUCAUAUCUGAAACUCAAUCAGUAUUCGUGGUAGGAAGGUUGAUUUCUGAUAAUAUUCUUAUCGCCUAGGAAAUGUUCCACAGAUUGCAGACCAAUAAAACAUGUCAAGGAAAGCAUAUGACAAUUAAAAUGGAUAUGGACAAAAUGUAUGAUAGAGGUCUUAUUACAGAAAUUUGGUUUUGACUUUCAUAAAUGGUCAACCACGUGACCUCAAUAUUGGGUUCUCAUAAAUAGUCAACCACGUGACAUUAUUGUUCCACAUAGGGGUUUACGUCAAGAAUAUCUUUAAUGGCCUUAUUUAUUUAUUUAUUCUCUGCACUGAGGCUUUAAUUGCAAAUAUAAAAAAGGCGGAGAGAAGGCAACAACUAACGGGAAUGAAGGUAGCUAGAGCUUGUCCAUCGAUAUCUCAUUUGCUUUUUGCGGAUGACAGUCUUUUCUUUUGUAAAGUUCAAAAAGAAGAGUGCCAAACCAUUCUUAGAAUUUUAAAGGAAUAUGAGACAGUUUCAGGGCAGCUAAUAAAUUUUGAUAAGUCUUCAAUUCAAUUUGGGCAUAAGAUCGAAGAAUCCAUCAGACAAGAAUUAAGAGAUAUUUUGGGCAUUCAGAAUCUGGGAGGAAUUGGAUCCUACCUUGGUUUACCAGAAAAUCUAGGGGGUUCAAAGAUCCAAGUUUUUAGCUUUGUACAUGAUCGUUUAAAUAAUGGAGUCAAUGAGUAGACUUUCAAGUUUUUCA